CUGGACUGCUGGCAACAAAAUAACAAAAGCGUCGAACGUUGCAACAGUAACGGGGCUCCCCCGCCUCCGCUUCCCUCCCCGGGGCUCCUCUAGGCGCGCGGGAGCGCCCGCUUUCUCCGGACGCCGGGAGCUGUCAGCCUGUCGCCAGGUGCAGAGAAGAGAGCCGCGGCUGGUUGUUUAUUCGGAGAAGGAAGGAGGAGGAGGAGGCGGGGAGUCUGGAAACCGCCUGUGUCCCAUUUCCUUUCCCUCUGUGUGUGUGUGUGUGUGUGUGAGAUUCUCCCCCCCACCCUUUGCUCCAGCCCUGGAUUCUCCAUGUUGGACCCGAUCUGAGGAGCAUCUACGUUGCUGCCUUUGCAUGCCGCUUACUCCGGGGCUUUGCAAUUGAGAGGAGGAGUAGACUACACCCUCCCUCCCCACCCCUACUCCCCCCCCCCAUUGCGCUUCUUCUCUCCCCCCCCCCCCAUUCCUCCUCCUCCCUGGACAUUUCCCUCUUCCCCCCUCCUCCUCCCAGCCAAAGGAUCCCCAGGGUCUGUGGGAUUGUUAGAUGGAAAGCCGGUCUAUCAUCACCCAAGUGCAGAGGGACGAAGCCUUGGUGCUUUCAAAACAAGUCUUGGUGUCCAAAUCUUCCCCAAAGAAGCCCCGUGGCCGGAAUAUCUUCAAGGCGCUUUUCUGUUGCCUUCGCGCACAGAAUGUUGGGCAGACAGCCUUUGGCGGAGAGCAUGGUCCACACAAGGAGGAGACCAGCACCAUUGCCAAGUCUGAUCUGUUGCAGUGUCUUCAAUACCAGUUUUACCAGAUUCCUGGAACGUGUCUUCUCCCUGAGGUGACUCAGCAGGACAAGGGCAGAAUCUGUGUAGUGAUCGACUUGGAUGAGACCCUUGUUCACAGUUCCUUCAAGCCAAUCAACAAUGCCGACUUCAUAGUGCCUGUUGAAAUAGAGGGGACAACCCAUCAGGUGUAUGUUCUGAAGAGGCCAUUUGUAGACGAGUUCUUGAGGCGGAUGGGGGAGCUGUUUGAGUGUGUGCUCUUCACGGCCAGUCUAGCUAAGUAUGCUGACCCAGUAACUGACCUGCUGGACAAAUGUGGAGUCUUCCGAGCCCGCCUCUUCCGGGAGUCAUGCGUGUUCCACCAGGGCUGUUACGUUAAGGAUCUCAGCCGGCUGGGUCGUGAUUUACGCAAGACCUUAAUCCUGGACAAUUCUCCUGCCUCCUAUAUCUUCCACCCGGAGAAUGCUGUGCCAGUGCAGUCUUGGUUCGACGACAUGGCGGACACGGAGCUGCUGAACCUGAUCCCGAUUUUUGAGGAGCUGAGUGCAGCAGAAGAUGUGUAUACCAGCCUUGGCCAGCUGAGGGCGCCCUAAGGCCCUCCGAGUCCUAUACCUACAGGGGAACUUUUCUUUCACUCAGUGCCUUCAGUAGUGGCCUGGAUGGGUUGGGGAAAACCAAGCUGGUGUUUUUCCCCUUGACCCUAUCAAAAGGCAGAUGCAAGGACUUUGGAGACAAUAACCUGCCUGGCCACCCAAUGGGGCAGGGCUAGUGCUUUUUGCAACCAGGGUAUUGCUUAGACCGGUGAACCUCUGGCCUCUUCCAUUCAACAGUAGGGGGGCCAUACAGGACAGAUUUCCCAUCCCCCAAUAGCUCUCAUUAUCUAUGCACUGUGAGGAGACAGGGAGCCAUGGAGAGGAUGCGCCAUUUCCCUGUGGGCUAUGAUUCUUUCCAUCACCCUUUCACAUGCUGCAGGAUUUUUAGUUCAGGUGUGGCUCAGCCUUCCCUCCAAGCAAGGCCAAACAAUUUGGCUGAAGAUUUUAAAAGCUCUCUGCCUCCUGCUUCCCUUGAGAGGACGGCCUAACCCAGGCCUUGAGCUGCAGCCAUGUGAGGCCUAGCGUUUCUACCUUUUCCUCGCCUCACGGUCAGGGCAAAGCGCCUAUCUAAACUCUCCAGUACUUCUGUCCCAGCCAGGUGACCUCAUGCGGUAUCCUCAAGCAGGCAGUCUCUCGAAGGAAUAGGAGGGAGGCGCUUACCUUGUCUUUGAUGCCUGCCUACAGAUUAAAAAAACUUUCUCAAGCUCCAGCCAUUUUUAUGAGGUCUACUGUUUCACCGUUCCCCCUUCAGAAUAGCUAAGCUCACCCUUUAGGGGCCAUGGCCUUUAGUUAUGCCACGGACCUUGGGGAAACCCAGUAAGUUUCAGUACACUCCCCUGUGCUUCAGCUGUGCCUCCAGGUGAAGAAGAGCAAUGUCCUUGUCCAUCCCCCUGAAACCCUUCCUACAUCAAAACAGUGUUGCCGCGUAAAGUCACAGACUUAGUCUAAGCUGCUGACUUGCCAGCUAGCACCCCACUCCUCCAACGACACUCCAUCUUAGGUUCAGAGCUGCAUUACAGAUAUUCCCAGGUUCCUGCUCUGGCGUUGCUUCUGGGGGAGACUAAGCAAUAUCUCUGCCUUAAACUGCACCCGAUUUGCAAGCCACCACACGAAUGGACUGUCACAGUGCUGUCAGUUCUUCCACUCUUGUUUGGUGUGGGCUCUAGCCUACAACAUAGAGUGGGAAUUUUGCCCACAGCCAGAUGAGACUUUUUGCCCACAGUCGGCUUCCCUGCCACUCACUUACCUCCUCCGAUGGGGCCCGAGCACACUGGACGUGGCAAUCUGCUUUCCUCUCAGGACUCAUUCCAGGCUCCAUCACUGUCACUUGAAAGCCCAGCCCUCCGGGUGGCCUCAGGGAAUAAUUGACUUGUGGCUUAGAAGCUGGGGGAGGGGUGCGUCAUUUCCAAUGUACACAUACUAUAGUCUGCUCCACACUGAUCGCCUUGAGUCUCUGGGGGAGCAAGGGAAGAUGCUGCGUCUCACUUGGUGUUUCUGUGCCCUAAAGCUGCUGACAGCAAGUGAACAUGCCUCAUGAUCUUUUGGGGAGUGGAGUCAUGCCUCAGUUGAGGCCUGGGCCUCAGAGAUCUGACUAGGCCAGCCUGCAUGCAUCAUUCAUCUUCUGCUGCAUUUUCUUGAGAAACCAAAUGCAGACCGGGGAGUGGGGGUAGUUGCGUUUGUUGUUAAUGUUUAUAUGCCAGAGGGACUUUCCUCAUCCACUUUUUCUCCUCCCUUCCAGUUGUGCUGGAGAAUGGUACAGUCUGCCUUCCCUGGUCUCACCUGCUGUGUUGUGAAUGAAUGCUUUCAAAGUGCCAUGGUGGUGGGGGGAAACGAGACAAUGAAAUAUGACACUAAACCAGCUUGCUUUUCUUUUCCCCUUUCCCUCCCAUAAGCAAUACAUUGCAAGUGAACUCCGCGUUUAGCAAUUGGGGCUGGGGGAGUCAGAUACCACGUUAAAGUGCUGUUCCCUCCCCACCUUCUCUAUGGUGCUGCUGACUCACUGGCACUCCAGUGAGGAGGGAAGCUGUAAGUCAGUUCAUCACCUGGAUUCAGGAUACUCUCAAGGACCAAACAUUUAAGGCUUGCUAUUGGUCAAGUAAACAGGAUAGCUCUUAGCCUGGCCAAAGUGCUGCUUGAAGUUUCAUCAUAGUUUUAAAGUGUGCUGAUUGGCUACUGGUCGACUUCUGACUCUUGGGUGUGCCUGUGCACAUGUGUGUAUGUAUGGGGCUAGGCCUCAACCAAUGUUUGAGAGGAAUCUGCUACCAACACCAACUCCUUCUUCCAGUACCCCACAUCUGCCCCUCUCUUUUGCCUCAGCUGCUGUUGGGGGAACUGGAGAGGAGGUGUCUCCAGCUUUUCAAAGCAGAGUUUCUUUUUCUGGUUCAAUAAGCUGCUGUUUCUCUCCAAGGCAGAAACACACCUUUGAACCUGUUGCAAAGUUAAUGAGUGUAAGGAAGAACAAAAGCCUUUUGUCUCCUUCCUGGUUGAGUCCAUGGUCACAGUUAUGGCCUGUCAGAUGAGGAGAAAUUGCCUCUUUUCUGCCCCUCCCAUCUGCUGGCAGCUGUCUGCAUCUCUUGACCAAAGUGGUGCUGGCUGACAGGCCCCUCAGAGUGCUAAGCGACAAGGCUUCCAUCUGAGGGGAAACGUUACACGAGCAAAUGACACUCCAACAGUGUUGUUCACUCCUAGACAGCCAGAAAACCCCGUACCCUUGCCAGACCCACCCCAGCACCAAAUAUUGGGUUAAUGUUUGACUGAGGUAACCAGGGUAUCCCCCUCCCCCUUCUCCCAAUAACAUAGUGAAUCCAUGCCACUGAUGUGUGGUGGGACCUUCAUGAAACUGUUUAAAAAAAAAAAACCCUGAAGGAGUCCAACGCAAGAUGAACUUGGAUACCACCACUGUUUUGUGUAAACUUGCUUUGUCAGAAAGAUGUUGAGGGAAUAGUUUGUCAGGUGAUGGAUCUCUUCAGAUGAUCCCACUGUGGGAGGGGGGAGACUUGGGUGAACUCACUCUUAAGAGGCCACCUGUCUCCUUAAGCCUAACACACACCAAACCUCCCCCCGCCUGCCCUGGAAACAUACACACACGAACAUACUUUAAUAGCCAUAAAUGAUGAACCUGGGUCCGAUUGCCAAUGUUGGGAUUGUGCCUUGAUCAAACCCAGCUGGUGGGUUUAGGGUGAAAUGACCAGCCAAGAGGCGGCUCUAGCACUUAACAAGGGAGGUGCCUUUUGCAGGGGGGGUAAGCAUCCCCCCCACCAAAGCUGCUCCAUUUGCUGACUUGUUCCUCUUGCUUCCUGGGGAGAUUCAGUGCCCUGUUUUAUACUGAGAGUUGUGGCUGGUGGUGUUUUAAAAAACCAAGUCCCGGGCUUCCUCUUCUCUCCCCCUUUGUGUAAAGACAUCAGUUGCCUUUGUUACAUGUUCUCACUUGCUGGGUUUUUUGUUGUUGUUUUUUUUUAAAAAAACUAUUUUAAUUGAAAAAAAAAAUCUCAAAACUUGAAGCUGGUGCUGCCACCAUUUCGGUCUCUUUCUAUUUUUGGAAUCUUUGUAUUAACUGCAAUUUAAAAAAAAUAAAAAAGAGUAAAUGUA